ACAACCCCCCAUGUACCGCAGAUUCUUUGAAUUGCACGACCUCAUGAAAAAAGAGUAUGAAAGCAUUCUCACAGAAAACACGCAGCUCAAAAAACGGCUCAGGGAAAUUGAGGACAAGCAGGAGCACAUCCUCAUGGACCUUGAUAAGAGUCGACAUUGCAUACGCGAUAUGCAGAAUUACAUCGCAUCGCUACGCAGGGUGCCGAUGGAAAAGCAAAUGACAGACAAAAUGGCGGACAGAGACAGGGGCAUCGAAAAGAAGGAGAUGCCGUGUUUGAAGAUGGGGCAUGACUGGAUUGUUGAGGGCGUGCCGCUCAUCAAUGUGUCGCUGUUCUACUCGUUUAAUCUGGGGUGCGUGCCUGCUUCGGUUGUCUUAUCAGGAAAUCUGCGAUUUUUGGGUUUUACGACUGAUCCGUGCUCAUAUGUGGUCAGCUUGGAGGAUAAGACACUGCACCAGCUGAACAACACAUCGCAAAGCAUCGAGCGGGUGCCGUUCGACUCACCGGGCGGCGCAUCUAAGGAGUUCAACACGUUCAUGGCGAUCGGCGACACGUCCCUGUACACGUACGAAAGCGACAACGUGCUGAGAAAGUGGAACCUGGAAACGUUCAAGCUUGAGAGCGCGAGCGGCCCGGAGAAGCUCACGGCGAUGUUGCAGCACGACGGCGUGCUGUACACGAUAGGUAACACGUUCGUAAAGCGUGUGCACGAUAACUACGCUGUGCACGGCGUGUCCAACACAGAGGAUCGCCAAAUGUGCAUGGCAGCGUGCACGUACAAAAGCAACGCGCUCGUGUUCACGGGCACGCAUCUCGGAAAGGUGCUGUGCUACGAUAUGAGCACAGGUAACGUGCGUGAUCACCCCACACACACCAAGAGCAUCCUUUCAAUCGCCGUGUCAUCGUGCAACAGCUACCUGGUGACCGGUAGUGCAGACGAAACGAUAUUCCUGCUUAAGAUACAGAGCGAUACGCUGAGUGUCGUCUUUGGACCCGUCUGUUUUGGUGACGCGGUGCUGAACGUGUGUUUCCUGGAUGCGUUCGUGAUUGCGUGCGGAACGGACAACAUGGUCCGGUUUUUUGAUAAGGAGAUGAAGAACGUGGAGAGGCUGGUCGGACAUAGCGAGCCUGUGCUCAGUAUUGAUGUGGUCGAUGGGAUGAUGGUGAGCGUGAGCAGAGAUGGAAGGGCUAGGAUAUGGUCUGUGAGCCAGUGAGCGUAUUUAUAUAAAUAAAGAAGUGUGCCUGU